AUGUCUUAUCGCAUUGAGAUCGCCAAGACUGGCCGUGCCCUCUGCCAGGAUACCGUGUGCAAGAAGGCCAGCGUCAAAAUCCUGAAGGGUGAACUGCGUCUCGGUGUCUGGGUUGAGCUGCCUCAACUUGAAAACGGAUCUUACAAAUGGCGACACUGGGGUUGUGUCUCCGGUAAAACCGUCAACAAUAUCCAGGAGAAAAUCUCCAGCGAGGGUGAUUACGACUGGGACAUGAUUGAUGGCUACGAUGAAUUAGAGGAUCACCCUGAUAUCCAAGAGAAGAUUCGCCGUGUCGUGACUCAAGGCCAUAUCGACCCCGAGGAUUUCAAAGGAGACCCCGAAUUCAACAACCCCGGCCAGGCUGCUAUUCGUGCUCGUGCCGCUACCAAGAAGAAGACAAAGGGUUCCGAGGAUGAGGAAGAUGAAGCCCCCAAGAAGGCUGCUCCCAAGAAAUCUGCCAAGCGUGGCCGCAAGAAGACAGAUGAGGGAGACGAAGAAGAGGAUGCCCCACCUCCCAAGAAGAAGACCACCAAAGCUGGCCGCAAGGCUAAGAAGGUAGCCGACGAGGACGAGGACGAGGACGAGGAGCAGAAAGAGCCUGAAGAGGAGGCUGCACCUGUCAAAGCUCCCGCCAAAGCUCCUGCUAAGGCCCCUGCUAAGGCACGAGGCAAAAAGACGGCUGCUGCUAAAGCUCCAACCCUCGAAUCUGACGAUGAUGAGCUAGAUGAGCAACCGGAGCCGACUCCUAAGGCCAAGCCCAAGGCUAAAGUUAAAGCUGAGGCUAAGCCCAAGGCGAAGGGCGGUCGUAAGGCAAAGGUUGUUGAAUCGGAGCAGGAGGAAGAAGAAAAUGAUGAGGAACCGGCUCCAAAGGCGGCAUCUAAGCCAGCACCCAAGGCAGCUACGAAGGCAGCGCCGAAGGCAGCACCUAAGGGAAAAGGUAGCCGUCAGGCCAAGACCGCCGAAGCUGACGAGGAAGAGGUUGCUCCUAAGCGUGGACGAGGUCGAGGUCGGCCCAAAAAGGCAACUGCCGAUGAGUAA